AAAGAGGAAAUUAAACGGAACAGAGAAUGCGCAUGUCUGUCAAAUACGGAAGUUUUUAGAUCUCUGUUUUUAUGUUGAAAUUUUAAUGUCAUGUGAAAAUUGUAACAUUUAGAUUAUAAAAUAACCAAAAUGGGACUUUUCGGUAAAGGUCAAGAAAAGUCGCCAAAAGACAUGGUUACAGAGUGGACUCAUGGUAUUAGAAAAGAAGGUUACAAACUUGACAGACAGAUUAAAUCAAUACAGAGAGAGCAAGAAAAAUCGAAACGGAUGUUGAAAGAUUCUGCAAAGAAAGGUGAAAGGGAAUCAUGUGUCAUAUUAGCCAAGGAAAUUGUGAAGUCAAAUAAGGUUGUCAACAAACUUUAUGUAUCCAAAGCUCAGCUCAGUUCAAUACAGAUGCAGAUGAAAAACCAGCUAGCCACACUAAGGAUGGCAGGAUCACUGGAAAAGAGUGCGGAUGUCAUGAAGAGCAUGCAGCAGCUGGUCAAGGUACCCGAAUUGCAGGCCACCAUGAGAGAAAUGCAGAAAGAAAUGAUGAGGGCUGGAAUCAUCGAGGAGAUGCUUGAUGAUACAAUGGAGUCUGUGAUGGAUGAUGCUGAACUGGACGACGAGGCUGAGGAGGAGGUUGAAAAAAUGCUCUUUGAUCUUACCGCAGGUGCACUUGGCAAUGCCCCUGCUGCUGUGAAGGAUUCUCUCCCAACUGGUGAACUAGAGGGAGCCACUGCAUCCACAUCUGCACCUGCAGAAGAAUCUGAUGAAGAGAUGGAGUCCAUGAAAGCCAGAUUAGAAUCUCUCAGAAGCUAGUGAAACCAGAUAUUUCCCAAAAUAAACUUUUGAGCUACUUACUGUAUAAUGUCACUGAGAGGCAUUUGGGAUUAUUUUGUGAGAGAAUUGUUGAGAGUAUUUCAUAAUGUCUCUGUCUUUAAUUUCAAACAGUUCUCUUGUAAUUUUAUCAGAUCAUGUUCAUACUCUGAAAGCAAAGUAGACUGAAAACAAGGAAUUACUGUAAGUUUGAAUGACCAAAUAUGGUUACAUAGUGAUAGACCAUAUCUAAAAUAUUUUAAUCAUUUAGAAAUUAAGGGUCAGAAGUAAGUUACUUAAUUGUAAUUUUUUUAAAAAUUAUUCUGAUACAUGAUAUGUCAUUUAUUAUCAAUACUGAAUGCCAAUUAUUGGUCUCUUAAGUACUUAAAAUUAUGCCAACCACUAAGUUACUGUCAGUUAUCGGUGAAGAGACAGAAUCUGGUGUAUUCUCAUCUUUAUAGACUUUGGCACUAAUUAUUCCUAAAGUUGCCUGAAAAAAGGGAAUUGGGCGGUUUUUUGAAAGUGGGUGUAUGAAUAUUUCCCGUCUUCAUUUUGAACCUUCAUUGUGAAAUAAUUGUCCAUACAUAAAACAUCCUUAUGUGUUUGAUAAAUGCACAUAUCACCAAGUUUUUCGGCUCAUAAUACCUACAACUAAAGCAAUUGCAUUUCUGAAGCAGCAGGUUGUUAAGAUGGCAAUAGCAGGGUUCAGAUUUAACCACAGCACCGACAGAAAGAGCCAUAGUUUUCCUCCUUACUUGUCACUGUGUCCCGGAAAAUCUGAAGUGGUCAAUGGCAAGAAAAAUCCUGGGGUGUCCUAAUUGAUUUGCCACCAUGUACUUUCCAUAGGGUGAUGUCAUUUUUGUCUGAGAAAACUUCAUAGAAUGUAACCUGCUUUUGUGCUCCUCUUUUUAAAGGAAAAUUUUGCCUUAAUGCCCCUCCAAUUUGCCUUGAUGCCCUAAUUUGUGUUAUUAAACCAAAGGCAACACAUGUCGUGCCCCACCCCAACCCCACCCCCACUUUUUAUUUUUAUUUGAUUCCUGUACUGGGAUACAGUAAUAUCUGUUGUAUCUUUUUAUAAAGAUGUCUCAUUAUAUUUCAGUUAUGUCCAUAUACAGGGCUUGAAAUAGGAAGUAAAAUAUGGCCUGCUGGGGUUUUUUUUGAAAUAGCAUGUCAAAGAAAUAUUUCCUGCUAAGAAAAAAUUAUAGCCUGCUGGAAAUAAGAUAGCAUGGGGUGAAGGGAGCGUUUGGAAUAGUGAGAAAUUUUAGGACUGCUGAGAUGUGCUUUAGACCAUUAUGGAAUUAACAUAUAAAAUAAUCACGAGCUAAGUAGCAGAUAAGAUAAUCAUUAAAAAUUACCUGCAAUUGUUUUGUGGUUUUAGCAGGUGAAUUUUUACUUCACCUGCUAGACCUGAAAAAAAAAUGCAUUGCUUUUCAAUUUUCGAGCCCUGAUCUGUCAUUCUUAUUACUGUUUCAGUCAAAAGUUAGAUUUCUGAAGAUGACUUCACAAAACAUGUAUUCAGUGUAGUUUAUGUCAUUCGGUAUGAACUGUAAAUAUGUAUAACUUAAAUAUUUAUCAUUGUGUACUUUUUCAUUGUACAUAUAAAAAUCCAUUUAAAUGUAUUUUUUCCUUGUACUUGUAAAGCAUGUUAUGAAUUAUUCGAAGGAACAGACAGAAUUAUAAUUUUAUGAAACUAUCUGUAUGGAACUACUUUUUAUUUAUCAUCUUGAAGUAGUUGAAAGCAAAUUGGUAUGAACUAUGACAGACAGAAUGAUUUGGGGGGGUGGGGGUAGGGAGAACCAUACUGCUGUUCACUUAUAGUUUACAGAGCUGUGUUAGGAUCUCAACAUAGCCUUUUCUGUAGAAAUAACCAGAGCCGGUUUAAGGAUCCGCGGGGCCUGUAGUACAAAUAGCAGUGGGAACUCCUUCCCAGAAUAUAUAUUUUGCAACCCCCUUGGGGAGAGGGGGAAAAAUAAAUCUACACGUCACCGCAGGGCCCAUAGCACAUGCUACAUGUGCUACUAGGAUAAACCAGUACUGGAAAUAACCUACAAUACAGGCAUGUAUGAAGAAAACUUGAUGUUCAAAAAAAAAAUACUGGUCAUGACUGUUGACUACAUAAAAUAUUGUGGUGAAGUGUAAAGUUGUUUAUUUUGUUUUAUCCUGCAACCACGUUUUUUUAUUGGUCAAUUCAUGCUGACUGAUUGAAGCAAAAUCAUAAACGUAUACUAGCAGAUUAUAACUUAUACGGUCGUGCAUGUGACGUGACAUGCAUAGAUACAUUACAAAAUUGCUCAUUUGACUUUUAGGUCAUGGUACAAUGUAGCUGAAAUAAUAUAAUUUAAUAAUAGCUUUACCACUUAUUUUUAUGGACUGCAAGAUAAAAAUAACUAAUUAAUAACGUAGGAUAUCGACUUUAUUCUGUUCUGAUCGAAUGGUAAAUUUCACAUUCUUACCUUUACAGGUCAUUAACUAGUUAUUCUCUAUAUCUGUAUUGUUGUGGUUUUUGUAUGUUUACUCUGAGAUCACUGUGGGAGGUGUUCACUACAGGCCUCUGGAAAUGUGGGAAUUAUCCUUUUGCCUGUCACUAACAAGUGUUAGUUUUGUGUAACUAAUUUUUAGUGCACCUCAUGAAAAUGAGGAUAUGAAGAGUUCAUAUCCAAAAUACUAUAUAUAUAUUAGCGUAUAUCAUGUUUUGGAGGAACUUUGUUAUGGACAUACUGUUCUAAUUGAAUUUGUUGAUAGUGUAUAUAAAUAUAAGUAUAUACAUGCAAUUUUUUUAAUGAAUUAAAAAAAAUAUUCAUCUUAUUUUUUAACUCCAGUAUUGUAGAAGAUGUGCUAUAACAAACUAAUGGUACAUUGUCAAUGUCCUUUUUGACACCAUGAUAAAAAAAUAAAGUUGCUGUUGGCAUCAUGGUUUUAUAAUACUGGUUUCCCUCUACGUAUUAUUAUUAUUUAUUACGAUGAAAUCCAAUUUGGUUUAACAGCAGUAUUUUUUCAUAGGGAAAAAAUAUAUAUAUAAUUAAUAUUUGUCGAUUAAUCUACAAAAUAUUUUUAAAUACUGGCAUGGAACCGAUUACUAAUGGCACUGUUCACAUGGUUUGACAUGGUUAUCAUUUACAGAGUUUAUUAGCAUUGUAUUUAUUAUUAAUUAUUGACUAUUAAUUAGCAGGGUUAAAAAUAGCAGUCGCCCCCGUGGUGACCUUUAUUGGCAUGGGGCGACUAAGAAUUUUACAAAGAUAGUCCAUUGGGCGACCAUCGAUUUUAGAAUCUGGCAAGUAUGGUGCCAAUUAAUAAAGAAAUGCACUAAAACUGAAUCAAAUGUGACAAAAUACACCGCAUUUUUGCUGGCGUGAAUUACAUAUGGCAGCAGAAGACAUAGUACAUGAAACAUGAAAUAAGAACAGAUCAGAUCUAAAGACUUACAUGAUGACAUAACCGUCCAAAGAUUACUGUAAUAAACAAUACGUUCGCUUUUAUGCUU